CUAACUUGGAAACCAGGCCAAAAUGGCUAACGAUCAUCGCAGAAUGUUCGAACCAAGGGCCAUCAAGCUGUUCAUGUUUGCUCUAGUUCUCAUAGUGAAUCAAGCUACAAUGGCCCAAACCAUGAACAAUGAAGAGACAGUCGACGAGAUUGGGGUUAUCUUGGAUUUGAGGACACGUGUGGGGAAAGAGAUAAAAACCAGCAUGGAAAUGGCCAUUAGAGACUUGCAGGACUCCAGGCACUCAAGGGUGGUGUUGAUGCACUUGAGGGACUCGCAUGGAGAUCCUGUCGAAGCUGCCUCAACGGCUGUUGAUCUCAUCAACAACCAGAGCGUCAAGGCAAUUGUGGGUUUGCAAACAAGGGAUGAAGCUGCUUUUGUGGAUCAACUAGCUACCAUGGCACAGGUACCAGUGCUCUCCUUCUCACGUCCUUACCCUCCAUGCACAACCUGCCAUUCAACCCCAACCUUCCUCAUCCACAUGGCCUACAAUGACUCACUACAAAUGAGAGCACUGGCUGCAAUAAUAUCCUCUCAUCAAUGGAAACUUGUCAAUGUUAUUCAUGAUGAGGCUGACUCCACUACUGGGAUCUUCCCUUUUUUAAAUGAGGCCCUCUUGUCGGUAGGAGCAAAGAUUGAGCAACGAUCAGUUCUUCCCACAAGAGCAUCAUUGCAUGACAUGACAGGCACUGUGAGAAAAGACCUUCAACGGUUGAGGGCAACACAAUCUCGGGUUUUUGUGGUUCACAUUACUUCCAUGGAUCUCGCUAACUUGUUGCUUGUAGAGGCAAAGAGAAUGGGGAUGAUGAAUAAUGAAUGUGUGUGGCUUAUCACUGACCCUCUUACUGCCCUUCUCGACUCUAUGGAUUCAGCUUCCAUUUCUUUGAUGCAAGGGGUUAUUGGAGUCAAAACUUCAUUCAUCCAUAAAACCCAUGAAACCCGAGAAUUCUUUUUGAGGUUCAGGCAACAAUUCUUGUCAGAAUAUCCAGAGGAAGAACGAGCUAAUCCAAGCAUCUAUGCGCUCCAUGCCUAUGAUUUGAUCAUGGUUCUUGCUCAGUCCAUGAAGAGUGUUGGAGCCAAAAGAGAGAAUAACUCCAUCAUAACAUGGGUCCAGUCUCACAAUGCAACAAAGAGAGCUUGGGAUUUAAGGGUGUCUCUUGAUGGCCCACAGUUAAUCAAAGAGAUCACAUCCAAUGUAUCAAGAGGAUUCAGUGGGGAUAUAAACUUCGCAAAUAAAGAGUUGCAUAGCUCGAUUGUUCAGAUCAUUAAUGUAGUUGGACAAGGCUAUAGAGACAUUGGGUUUUGGAGUCCUGAGACAGGUUUCUCAAGAGAUGAAAAGGCCAGCGAAGGAAAAAGUACAUCAAUAAACAAUACUCCUUCACCACUUAUCUUCCCAGGGGGUCCUUCUGUAACCUUCCCCAAGGGGUGGGUAGUGCCAAGUGAUGGCAAGAAAAUGAGGAUUGGAGUGCCUUUAAAAACCGGUUUUAAGGAGUUUGUGGAGGUGAAACAUAACAAGACUCUUAAUACGACGGAGUUCAGGGGCUUCUGCAUUGAUGUUUUUUACAGAGUUUUAGAUAUUUUGCCAUAUGAACUUCGUUAUGAAUUCAUCCCUUAUGUUGGCUCAUAUAACGAUCUUGUUUAUGAAGUAAACCAAAAGAGAUUUGAUGCUAUUGUGGGAGAUGUCACCAUCUUGGCCAAUCGCUCUCAAUACGUAGACUUCUCACAUCCAUUUGCUGAGUCGGGGUUUUCGUUGCUUGUCACCAUUAACGACGAGAAUUCACACAGCGCAUGGAUGUUCAUGAUGCCCUUCACCAUGGGUAUGUGGCUGGUUACAGGUGCACUAUUCAUUUACACGUCAAUAGUGGUGUGGUGUUUGGAACACAAGAAUAAUCCUGAUUUUGGAGGUUCUCUGUGGGACCAAAUCGGCACGGUCCUCUGGUUCACGUUCUCAACCCUCUUCUUUUCUCAUAGAGAAAAUGUAAAAGGUAGCCUCUCAAGGAUGGUGAUAGCAAUAUGGUUAUUUGUGGUGCUAAUUUUGACAUCAAGCUACACUGCUAGCUUGACAAACACACUCACCAUUAAACGCUUGGAUCCCACAGACACAAGCAUAGAAUCCUUGCUGAGAAACAAAUCAACUGUGGGCUGCCAACAUACUUCCUUUAUGGUUAAGUACUUGGAGGAAGUUCUAGGGUUUGAUCCUGUCAAUAUCAAGAAAAUAACAUCUGCAGAUGAACUUUCUGAGGCUCUAUCCAAUGGGACAAUAACAGCGGCAUUCAUAGAACUUCCAUAUAUCAAAGUCUUUCUAUCCCAAAAGAAGUGCAAAGGAUUUACCAUCAAUGAGCCCACAUACAGGGUGGGAGGCGUCGGAUUUGUAUUUCCUCUCGGAUCACCUCUUACUUCUGAUGUUUCUAAAGCAAUCCUCAAGAUAAAAGAACAUGGAGAGAUGCUGUAUUUGGAGAGAAAGUGGUUAUUCUCUACCGAAUGUUCAAAAGUUUUGACUGAUGUAAAAGAUGAUGAUGAUAGCCUCAGCUUGGACAGCUUUUGGGGGCUCUUUCUUAUCACAAGUGGCACUACGACCCUAGUCCUCCUGCUCUUUUUUCUGAAUUUGUUGCAUGGUUAUCGGCACCUCGAGAAUGUGGAAGAUGGUGGAGGAAGGGCAAAGAGCAUGCAGGCCUUCAUGGUUGCAUUGUAUAAGUAUUGGGAUGAGCCACAAAUUCAAACUUUAGAUAUGAGGAUCGAGAUGGAAAAUAAUGGGGAACAUUCAAAUGAAUCAAGCAUCAGUAAAACAUAA